AUGUCAGAUGAGGAGGUGACUGUGGAGACCUCUGAUGGACAGAUCCUGUCUGCGGAGUACAAAGAUGGUCAACUCCAGAUAGUUGAGGUGACACCGUUCGAGAAAGACCGGGUAAAUCUACAGGGUAGCAUCCUGCCCGACCUGACAGAUGGAGAGGAGAAUGAAGCCAAGUACAUGCAGGUGCUGGACGCUAGCGGCAAGGGGCUCGUGCACUUGGAUCUGCUGAAUUUGACGCUGGUCAGAUGUCAAGAUGGUGAGGAAGGCUACCAGUUGGUUGCGAACGCGGCGCCCUCUGACGGGGAGAUGUCGUCCGACGCCACUGUCACAUGCGUGCUGCAGACUAGCGAUACUGAAGACCCCGACAACCAAGACUCCUAUGUGAUGGUGGAAAACGAGGAUGGGCAGAACUCCUUAGUCAUACUCAAGUCUGCAUUACAACAGACCACUGCCAUACAGAAGAAAAUUGAAGAUAAGAAACCAUUGUCACCGACAGAGAUAUUGGAAAAGGCGAAGUCUUUACAAAAAGCUAAAGCGCUCCUAGCGUCCUCCCGCGGCCGAGGUCGUGGUCGCAAACGCAAGAGUGACCUCCCCCCGCCCCACGAGCUGCUCGCGUCCCCUAACUUCAAGCUGUAUCUGUACUCUUGCAAGCUGUGUAACUACAAAUGUAAUGCUGUUAAGGAUAUGUCGGCGCAUAAGGCCCGCGAGCACACGGUGGGCGGCGCGCGCGGCCGGGCGGGCGGCGGGCGCGGCGCCGCCGUCACGCUGCAGUGCGCGCGCUGCCCCUACCGCGCCGCCACGCACUCCCAGCUAAUGAAACAUGUGCAAGAAAAACAUCUAGAGAAUCACACAGUACACUUACACACGGAAGAGGUAGAAGCGGCUGAUGUGCUAGUGUGUGGCGCGUGCGGGUUCGAAUCCGGGUCGAGGUCUGUGUUCCGGAAACACAUAGAGGAAGAACAUGGUGCUACUACGUGUUGA